AUGGCCCUGGAAGGGAAGAACAAACGGGAGAAAAAGCAGAGUGCUCAGGAGAGAGAGAACCGGGACGAUGGCGCCUGUGGGAAUCUGGAAGGAGACUAUGAGGUUGGACAAGUCGCCAAUAGUUUAUUCCGCGGCAAGCAACCCUCCAGAGGCAGUACGGGUCGGCUGGCUUCCCUCUUCGGCUCUGUGAAGCCUCAGCUUCAGCCCGUGUACGUGCCUGUGCCUAAAGAAGCCAUCAAAAAAAGGAAACAAGAUGAGGAGGAAGAAAGCUCACCCCAAAUCCAAAGGCCACUUUUGCAAGAAUCUGCCAAAAAAAUGAAAGUGAAGAAGAAACUUUCUGAUGCAGAGAAGAAGUUGGCAAACAGAGAAGAUGCUUUAGCAAGCGCUGAUUUAGAAGAAGAAAUUCACCGGAAACAAGGGCAGAAAAGGAAAAAUUCUCAACCUAGUGUUACAGUCGCAGAUAAAAAAGUACUUGAUGAUGCAGAUGAGACAGUUGUAAAUCGAAGAAAGAAAAUUCAAAUCAACCAAGAAGAAGAGAGAUUAAAGAAUGAGAGAACUGUGUUUGUUGGUAAUUUGCCUGUCACCUGUAAUAAGAAGAAGCUGAAGUCAUUUUUUAAAGAGUAUGGACAGAUAGAAUCUGUACGAUUUCGUUCUCUGAUUCCAGCAGAGGGAACUUUGUCCAAAAAGUUGGCGGCAAUAAAGCGUAAAAUUCAUCCCGAUCAGAAAAAUAUUAAUGCUUAUGUUGUGUUUAAGGAUGAGAGUGCUGCUACAAAAGCACUGGAAAGAAAUGGGGCCCAGUUUGCAGAAGGAUUUCGUGUUAGAGUGGAUCUUGCAACCGAGACCUCCUCCAGGGACAAGAGGUCCGUAUUUGUGGGGAAUCUCCCAUACAAAGUUGAAGAAUCUGCAGUUGAGAAGCACUUUUUGGCCUGUGGGAACGUCGUGGCUGUGAGGAUUGUGCGGGAUCAAGUUACUGCCGUCGGCAGGGGCUUUGGCUACGUGCUCUUUGAGAAUACAGAUGCUGUUCAUCUUGCUCUGAAAUUAAAUAAUUCUGAAUUGAUGGGAAGAAAACUUAGAGUCAUGCGUUCUGUCCAUAAAGAAAAGUUAAAACAAAAUUCAAAUCCUAGUUUGAAGAACGUCAGUAAACCUAAGCAGGGACUUAACUUUGCUUCAAAAAGUGCACAAAAUUCUAAAGGUUUGUUUGUUGGAGAAAAAGCUGUUCUCAUGAAGAAGAAAAAAAAAGGACAGAAGAAAAGUAGACAAACGAAGACACAGAAAAAGCAGAAGUAG